CUGGUGACCUUUAGCCCCCUGAUGGACACGCAGGAUGACCCUCAGGCCAUAAUCAUCUGGGACAUCCUUACGGGGCACAAGAAGAGAGGUUUUCACUGUGAGAGCUCAGCCCAUUGGCCUAUUUUUAAGUGGAGCCAUGAUGGUAAAUUCUUUGCCAGAAUGACCCUGGAUACACUUAGCAUCUAUGAAACUCCUUCUAUGGGUCUUCUAGACAAGAAGAGUUUGAAGAUCUCUGGGAUAAAAGACUUUUCUUGGUCUCCUGGUGGUAACAUAAUAGCCUUCUGGGUGCCUGAACACAAAGAUAUUCCAGCCAGGGUAACCCUGAUGCAGCUGCCUACCAGGCAAGAGAUCCGAGUGAGGAACCUGUUCAACGUGGUGGAUUGCAAGCUGCAUUGGCAAAAGAAUGGAGACUACUUGUGUGUGAAAGUAGACAGGACUCCGAAAGGCACCCAGGUUGUUGUCACAAAUUUUGAAAUUUUCCAAAUGAGGGAAAAACAGGUACCUGUGGAUGUGGUCAAAAUGAAAGAAACCAUCAUAGCCUUUGCCUGGGAACCUAAUGGAAGUAAAUUUGCUGUGUUGCAUGGAGAGGCUCCGCGGAUAUCUGUAUCUUUCUACCAUGUCAAAAACAACGGGAAGAUUGAACUCAUCAAGAUGUUCGACAAGCAGCAAGCAAACACCAUCUUCUGGAGCCCCCAAGGACAGUUUGUGGUAUUGGCGGGCCUGAGGAGUAUGAAUGGUGCCUUAGCGUUUGUGGACACUUCGGACUGCACGGUCAUGAACAUCGCAGAGCACUACAUGGCCUCUGAUGUUGAGUGGGAUCCUACCGGGCGCUAUGUAGUCACCUCUGUGUCCUGGUAG